UGUUCACCGCUUCAUACAGACACUGUUGUUAGCGACGUAGCCGCCGCGGUCAACCUCAUCUCGGACACUUCCACCGCGAACCACCGCCCCGAAGUUCCACCUUUUCCCCGGUAACGGCCGCGAGAAGGCCCGAGUAGCGGCUCGGUGCCCGGGCUCCGUCCCCCCGUGUUGCCGGUGGCAGUUCCUGAGAGUCCCUUGGACUAUGUGUACACAAUGAAGAGGCGCGUGGAGGACCAGGACCCAACAUUUGCACCCCAGCAACAGCAAUCACGACGUCCCCCAGUUCAAGGUAUUGCAGAGAGCUUCCAGCACCGGGCCCUCGCCCCGGCCCCUACUGUGAUCGAGGCAGCCACAGACACCAUGCAGCCGUCCACCGGCAUCCAGUAUUCUCUCCCCCAGGGCUACCAGGUGCCCACAAUGCCCCAGAGCACAAGUGGACAUGGACACAACACUGCACCACAUGUUGGUCCCCACACACACAGUCUGGCAGUUCAGUCCCAGGGUCCGGCAGUGGGCCCAUGCCCCGUUCAUCCCAAUGCACCCAUAACCUCUCAAGGACAGCAGCAGUUUCAGCGUCUGAAGGUUGAAGACGCCUUGUCCUAUCUGGAUCAAGUGAAGCUGCAAUUUGGGAAUUACCCACAGGUUUAUAAUGAUUUUCUUGACAUCAUGAAAGAGUUUAAGUCACAGAGCAUUGACACUCCUGGAGUCAUCAACCGCGUGUCCCAGCUCUUCAAGGGUCACCCAGACCUCAUUAUGGGUUUUAACACUUUCCUUCCCCCUGGAUACAAGAUUGAGAUUCAAACCAACGAGCUGGUCAAUGUGACCACGCCGGGUCAGAUCCACUACAUCACCCCGCAUGGUAUAUCUGUUCAGAGCAUGCCUACAGGUCCACCACCCAGCCAGCCUGUAAGCCAUCACCAGCACCAGAGUCUGCCACAGGCUGGCCCACAGACCGCCACCACCACCACCACCACGACCACCCCACCCGUCCCAGCCCAACCUACUCCGAAUAAAACCAGCAAGCCAGUUCAGUCUCCAGCCCAUACACCCACGAGCCAGCCCAAUCCAUCCAUCCCAUCCUACGCCUCGCCGCGCUCACCGACCGUUCAGCCCCACACUCCUGUGAGCAGCACGCCGUCUGGGGGGCCGCCGCUCCAGAACAACCAGCCUGUGGAGUUCAACCAUGCUAUAAACUAUGUCAACAAGAUCAAGAACCGCUUCCAGGGUCAGCCAGACAUCUACAAAUCCUUCCUGGAAAUCCUUCACACAUACCAGAAGGAGCAGCGAAAUGCUAAAGAGGCAGGAGGUAACUACACCCCCACACUGACUGAACAGGAGGUCUACACUCAGGUGGCAAAGCUCUUCAAGAACCAGGAGGACCUGCUCUCGGAGUUCGGACAGUUCCUGCCCGACGCAAACAGCUCAUUGCUGCUUGCCAAGACUGCACCAGACAGGGCCGAGUCUGUGCGUAAUGAUCAUGGUGGGACAGUAAAGAGACCCUUACUGAACAACAAACCACGGCUGAGCCAGAACGGCCUCACCAUCAGAAGACCAGCAGGAGUGGGAGCCACGCCGCCUGUCAAGAAGAAGCCCAAGAUAAUGGGGAAGGACCACAGCAUGAGUGAAGUCAGCAAACACAGCACCAGCACUGAAACCAUGUUCUUUGAGAAGGUGAAGAAGGCUCUUCAGAGCACAGAGGCCUACGACAACUUCCUCCGCUGUCUGCAAAUUUUCAACCAGGAAGUCAUUUCUCGCGCUGAGCUGGUCCAGUUAGUCAUCCCAUUCCUUGGAAAAUUCCCAGAGCUCUUUACUUGGUUCAAAAACUUCCUGGGCUACCGAGAGUUCAGUCACGGGGAGCCGAGCCACGCAGAGAGUAUUCCCAAGGAGCGGGCGACGGAGGGCAUCGCCAUGGAGAUCGACUACACUUCCUGCAAGAAGCUGGGCGCCAGUUAUAGAGCACUGCCCAAGAGCUACCAGCAGCCAAAGUGCACAGGACGGACGCCGCUGUGCAGAGAGGUUCUGAAUGACACAUGGGUGUCGUUUCCCUCGUGGUCUGAGGAGUCUACAUUUGUGACCUCCAAGAAGACUCAAUAUGAAGAGCACAUUUACAGAUGUGAGGACGAGCGCUUUGAGCUGGAUGUCGUGUUGGAGACCAACCUUUCCACAAUACGAGCCCUGGAGUCGGUGCAGCGGAAGCUUUCGCGCAUGUCGGCCGAGGAGCAGCUGCGCUUCAAGCUGGACAACACGAUGGGCGGCUCCUCAGAGGUCAUUCACCGCAAAGCUAUCCAGAGGAUAUAUGGGGACAAGGCCAAUGACAUCAUUGACGGGCUUAAGAAGAACCCAGCUGCGUCUGUCGCCAUAGUGCUGAAAAGGUUAAAAAUUAAGGAGGAGGAGUGGAGAGAAGCCCAGAGAGGAUUCAACAAAAUCUGGCAGGAGCAGAAUGAAAAGUAUUACCUGAAGUCACUGGACCAUCAAAGCAUCAACUUCAAGCAGAAUGACACCAAAGUGCUGCGUUCAAAGACCUUGAUCAAUGAAAUUGAGGUGCUAUAUGAUGAUCGUCAGGAGCAAGCGGCCGAGGUAGGCCCCGCCCCUCCGGUGAGCGGCCCGCACCUGACCCUGACCUACGACGACCGCCAGAUCAUGGAAGAUGCCGCUGCCCUCAUCAUCCACCAUGUCAAACGACAGGUGGGCAUCUCGAAAGAAGACAAGUACAAGAUCAAACAGAUCAUCCACCACUUCAUCCCCGACCUGCUGUUCGCCCAGCGACUGGAGCUCUCGGAUGUCGAGGACGAGGACGAAGAGGAGGAAGAAGACUUGGAGAUGGAUCAAGGCAGCCCCAAGAAGCACAACGGCUUGCCGGGCAGCAGCCCGUCCAAGUCCAAGCUCCUCUUCAGCAGCCCGGCAGCUCAGAAGCUGCGCGGCACAGACGACGCCUACAACCUGUUCUUCGUGAACAACUACUGGUACAUCUUCCUUCGUCUACACAACAUCCUCUGUUCUCGCUUGCUGCGGAUCUACGGGCAAGCCGAGAAGCAGAUCGAAGAGGACGCCCGCGAGCGCGAGUGGGAGAGAGAAGUGUUGGGGGUCAAAAGGGAGAAAAGUGAAAACCCAGCAAUCCAACUGAAAAUGAAGGAGCCAAUGGACACCGAGGUAGACGACUACUACUCGGUGUUUCUGGAAAUGGUGCGCAACCUUUUGGAUGGAAACAUGGAGCCGGCUCAGUACGAGGACUCCCUAAGGGAAAUGUUUACUAUCCAUGCCUACGUUGCCUUCACCAUGGAUAAGCUCAUCCAAAGCAUUGUCCGGCAGCUCCAGCACCUCGUCACUGACGACGUAUGCGCACGUGUAACAGACAUGUACCUGAGUGAAUGUGCCAAUAAAGCGACGGGCGGCACGCUGUCCACGCAGACGUCCCGGUCCACGGCAGAGGGCGUCUACCAGCGCAAGGCCGAGCAGCUCAUGUCGGAUGAGAACAGCUUCAAGGUGAUGUUUGUAAAGAGACGAGGAUGUCUCAGCAUGACCAUGGAGCUGCUGGACGCAGAAGACGACAACUCCGACGAGCCAGCGGAGUCGGAGAGGUGGUCAGACUACGUGAGUAGAUACCUGAACUCAGACUCUGCGUCCCCAGAGCUGCGCGAGCAUCUGGCCCAGAAGCCGGUGUUCCUCCCCAGGAAUUUGAGGCAGAUAAGGAAGUGCCAGAGAGGAUGGAAGGAGCAGGAGAGAAAGACCAAGGCCACGCCGCAGGACGCUCACCGGGCGCUGAAGAUGCAGUGCAUGUUCAAGCUCAACUCCUACAAGAUGGUGUAUGUCUGCAAGUCAGAGGAUUGUAUGUACAGGCCCACGGCUCUCACACGGGCCCACCAGUCUCAUCAGAGAGUGAACCAGCGCCUGCACAGACGCUUCCAGGCCAAAGUGGACACCUGGGCCAAAGAUCACGUGACCAGCGCCAUGGCCAGCGACAGCCGGAAGUGGCUGAUGGGAGAAGAACAAGAGGACCUGAUGUCCUGCACCACCACCCGCUGCCCGGAGGUCCUCCAUUACCUCAACGUUAACAAGUACCGGGUGAAGUACAGAACACUUCAGAAAGAGAAAACAAACCAUGGCAGCGGUGUGGUCACACAACAAACUGCCCGGGGUGAAUUCUGAUCCAGUAGCUCCGUGGGGAAUUCUCCGACCUUCUGUUACUGGAUUCAGUUGCCAAAUUUGUGUUUUCAAUCCACGAUUCAAAGGAGACGGCAACUUCCCCACAAACCGAGUCGGAGAACGUUGCCUGAACUUUCAAAGCUUUCACCACAAAAAGUCUGCGAUUUAGGAGAAAUAGAAGUUUUUCCCGUCACUAUAUAUCAAAUAAAGAUUUUCUUUUCCUAACAUGAGAUGAAUAUACGAAGCAGACGUCUCCUCAUUGGAGGAUUCAGAGUUUCAACGAAGCUACGUCAGCAACUUAGCAAUGAAAUGGGUGUUUUGUUUUUUUUCCAGAGUCUUCUCAUCAUUUCACAGGAUAUCGAAAACAAACGACCUCAGCGUUUCUCGUAGGUAGCGAAAACACGAACCUGUUACCUCGGUGGGAAUGUUUGUACUCGGAGCUGAAUCCGGCUUCCAGCUGUGAACCUGUAAAGCCUGUGAAUGUUCUCCUCUGUGGUGGUGAAGGUGCAGCCGCCGGCGCCGUGUUCUCCAGCAUCAUAAUUUAUGACCGUCCAAAUAUGUUGUGUAAAUAUAUUGUUCAUAUUAUAUAGAUUUUUUUUUAAAUGUCCUCUUUGUGUAGCGUGCAUAGAGACGUGCAUAGUCGGAGUUUUUAGGUAGAAGUCGCAGAGAAGUUUAUUCAGAGAGUCAUUCAUUUGAACAGUUUUUUUACCAAAGGAUGUUGGUGAGACCUUUUUACGCUUCGUGGUCGUCGAGCUCUUUGUCCCCGACGUCCUUCAAUCGAUCUGCCAUUUUAUACGUGUUUGUUUUGAGCCCUUUUUCUCACGCGAGCUUUUUAAGGUGAUUGAAUGUAGCCAAGCAGAAAUUUCCCCUUUUUUGAAAGUACAGUGUUUUUCCAAUUUUCAAAGUACUGACUUCUGAACAGUACCAUCAACUUCUCCUCGUAUUUAAACUUUACCAAAAUGUCGGAAUCUGAACGACAGGUUCCUCUGGUCUUUUAAUUUAACGCCUGUAACAACCAUACAUGAGCUGUGCUUCUUUCUCUACGUGCAGUGUUGAUGAAGAACACUGACUGAUGUACAGUAGGUUUAUAUGUGAAUGUCACGUGACUUGUGUACCAUAAAGAGUGGAAGAAAACGAGCAUUACUUCCAUCAGUUCCACUUUAUUUAAGUUUUCAGUUUGUGUUUCGUGCUGAAAUACAAAUGUGAAUGUCGUUUCCCUGGAAAGAGGAAAACUGAGGAUUUAUUUGAUUGAACUUUGCUCUCUGCGGUUUUGAUAAAACUGGAAUUGGCUCUGUAGAUGUCAAAGUAAAGGUCAGAUAAGCAACAAGUUGUUCCUCACAUCAACCUGAGGAAGUCACUCAGAUCAGUAUAAUAUCUUUAACAACACGGGCAGAUUGAAUUAAACACAGGUAAAGUUCAGUGAUGCUCAGCAAAGAUCUCAUCCUUUUAAAAUCCCCCCCGAAGCUCCACGUGUCACAAGCCGCUGUCGACAAUCUCUGAACACUUUAUUACUUGGGUUUUUAUUUUUCUAACUCCGCUGUGUUUGUUAUGGGAAAAACCCAUAGAAAGUCCCGGGAGCCGAUUGUACAUAAAGACAUUGUUUGUACCUCGUUCGAUGUGUCUCCUCUCUCUGACUUUUAAGAUGUUGUACAUGAGUGUUAGAACGGUGUUUUGCAAUAAACUUUCCUCUGAAUAGACACGAACUCC